AUGAACGCUCGAUCCCGGAGGUCAGAAGCCCGCAAACUCCUAAAUGCCAACGCCGGAUUGCGUGCACUUUGGGUCACCGAUCGAUUCCCAUUACUCGGAUGGUGGGGGGUUCCGCUACGGGCUUUCCAGCCGCGUUCCGCGCGCACCUGCGGCACUCCGCUCCCGGCAGCACGCACCGCCGCCCCGCACGGGGAACCCCGCGGCUCCGCGCCCCCUCCCCUCCUCGGGGUUCCCCGUGCCCACCCCCGGCUCCCAGCCCUCCCGGAGAGCCGGCAGUUGGCGGCGGGCAGGGCUGCCCCGGAGCCGCGCGGUGCCCGCGGGCCGGAGAGGGGCAACGGGGCGGGAGCGGGAGAGCCCCGCGCCGCGCGGCGGUCCCGCUCUGAGGAGCGGUCCGCCCUGAGCUCGCGCUCCCCGCGCCGCUCCGGCCGGGCCUGGCCGGGAGAUACCGCCCACCGCCGCCCGACCCCCGCCCGCAGCGGCGCGUACCGCGGGGCGGGCAGGGCACGGCACGGCAGGGCAGGGCAGGGCAGGGCAGGGCAGGGCGUGCGCGGCUCGGGCCGGCGGGACGUGGCACGGCUCGGCUCAGCUCAGAAGAGCGCUGCCCGGCUCGGCUCGGCUCGGCGCGGCGCCGCACUUGUAGCUGUUCUCGGUGCUGAAGGCGGCACGGCUCGGCACGGCUCCGGGGGCCGCGGCGGGGCGGGGGCUGUUGGACGCGGUCCCGCCGAGGUCUCCUCACGCCCGCCGAGCCGUGCCCGCCCUCACCGCACCGAUGUCACGGGGGCGGUUUUCCUACACUUUUUGUCUCGUCCCCUCGUUCGCCGCCCGGGGGGGCUUCCCGUCCAUUCCCGGGCACCGGGAUGGUUUCGGCCGACGGACGCGGCCGGCAGCGCUGCGCCGCAACAGGUGCGCUCCCCCCGCGCCGCGCUCCCGCCCUGGGCCUUUCCACGCCCGCACCGGGAUGGGCGCGGCGCUCGCCCGGGGCCGCAGCGGCGGUGCCGUACCCGCCCGGCAGCGCCAGGCGCAGCCUCGGUGAGAAGGUUCCACCUCGAGGGCGCCCGGCGCUACUGCACCUCGCGCGGCGCGGCCCGGGCUGAAGAGCGGGGAGGGCUCUCCGGAGCUCUCGACGCUGAGCCGGGCGCUUCCCGCUCCUGCGCCAGGCCAGGCCGAGAGCUUUCCUUAAUAAUAAGCGGCGUUUCGCUUUGUACUGCUUUGCCCAGAGCUGCCUUGCUUACGUGGAACGUGGAACUGGGAGGAGAAAUAAUUCCGAGCGUGCUCCCAUAUAUCCAACCAGCGCCACCAGCAUCGUCUUAGUUGGAUGCUACUGCCCAAAUUUAUGUGCUAAAAGUCGGUCCCAUGCCAGACGCAGUCCGACAGUCUGACAGUAUCUCAUGUGUCUUUCAAGCCUGUAACUUCUCCUGUGGAAAAGAUCCUUCACUGUUGGUCAAUGACACUGGAAAUUGGCCAGGCCUUAGACAGAAUUUAUUAACUCAUGACUGCAUUUACUUUUUUCUCCAACCCUUCCAUGAGAAUAGACUGGCAAGCUGCGAUUUCAAUGACUCCGUGGCAGAAAUCCAUGGGUACAUGGAUGGGAACAUCCCUGAUGUUCAGCCAUGAGAAAUCCCACCUUAGAGACCCUCCCUAACCCCAUCAGGAAAAGACGUCCCACCUGAGGUAUGGACUGCCAGGCAGUCUCAUUUCCAGCUCCAUUUACACUCCGCAGCUUCAACAAAAGUUCAACAAAAGCAGCAAUGUUCUGCUUGAGCCUUGGUGUGCAUUUUGCAGCUGGAGAUGCAGGCUCAGGGCAAGAGACCGGGAUAAAAAAACCUCCAAUGUGUUUCUAGCCUGAAUGAGAUCUGUUGCCUCUCUCCACCUCUCCCAGCCACAUCUUUUCUAGAGCAGUUUUGGGGAGGUGGGGACUGUAUCUUAUUCCAUAUGCUUACAGCAAGUAGCUUACUGAGUCUCAGGCAGGAGUAUGAUAAAUAAACCCAUAACCGAAGAGAUGAGUGUUGUGUUUUGACUAAAUGCAAGCAGAGAAGAUAAAUAUUUGGGGACAGGCAGGAAGAAAAGAAUGAGAAGCUUUGCAAGAAAUGGUUAUGUUUCCUGAGGAUAUAUGACACAAAAGAGAGGCAAUAUACAUCCAUCAUUCUUUGAGUAGGAUCCCUCUGAUUCAAGCCCGGUGGCAGCUGAUGUCAGAUUGUACAGAAGACUUAUGUGAGGGCUGGUGACACAGCUGACUGCACUACUAACUCAGGUGGAAGAAACCCAGUUCUGGACACCAAGCUACCAUAAAGAAGCUCUUAAAUGACCUUUACUUGAGUGGGAAGGCCUUGUUCUCAGGGGGAGCAUCUUACAUGUUAGGUCACAGGCAUGGAUUAAAGGGAACAGUAAAAUGUCAGGGCCAUAGAUCUAGUGGGUGGCAACUCUGCCCACGGCAUGGGGAUGGAACUAGAUGGUCUUUAAGGUUCUUUCCAACCCAAGCCUUUCUAUGAUUCUAUGGAGACAUGGCCUGAGAAACUUAAGUUUUAAUUACUGCAUUGAGUAAAUGCUUGCUCCGAAUAUCUCUCCAAAGCCAAGCAAGAGCAAAUGCACCAGCCUUUCUCUGUGCCUCUACUUCUCCAACAGAAAAAACUUCAUACCUCAAGUAGUCAAGCAAUGGUUUGGGCUGAGCAGUUUCUAUUGGAGCAGCAUCACUCCAUAAUCACAAUCACAGAUAUUAAUGACAUUCAAACGGGGUUGAUUUUUUGCAACUUUGAAAUAGUGCAAAGUAAGGCACUCUGAGUUCUAGGCACCUUAUAUUAUUACUAUUAUUCCUACCCAACAGACAGAAAUGCAACUUUUGGAGUUAUUCAAACGUAGAGUUAAACUGAGAGAGGUAUUAAAACCAUUUGAAUAAUCACUGUUAGGCAAAGGCAUGCUGAUUAACAGCUACCAAGGAACAUGGAGCCACAAAGCCAGCGAUUUCCACUUAAGUGAUGGUGGGUGCUGGCUUCUGAGUUGUAAGAUGUGUUGAAAUAUGGGUAUCAAAAUUUAUCGAGAAAAUGCAAUCGCUAAAGAAAGAACUUUUGUCUUGUGUGCAUUUCUCUAAGACUAACAUUUCUGCACUAUAUAUGUUACAUAGUGAAAAAAGGAAAGGGGAAGAAAAGGCAUUUCAUGGUAUUAACUAUGACAAAAAGUGUCAUCUGGAGGCCAAAGAAAGUGCACAUUCAUCUGUAAAACAUAACAUGCCUUCAGAAGGCCCCAGUUGUGACUUAUUUCACACAAACUUUUCAGCAGCGAACAAUGGAUGUCAAGGCUUAAACCAUAAAAAGGAAGAUAGCUAUUCUGUCGGAUAGGUAGCACUCGUACUUUCAGAAUCAGAAUAUUUUCAGUGUCUUAAUCUUCAAACGUCUCACAAAGUCUGCUAUGCUGGAAGAUUGAGCAUUUGGAAACUGUCUCUGUGCUGGAAGGAGUGGCACAAGACUCUCAUCCUGCGGGUGGGGUUUUGGGUCUGU